UCUAGCAGGGGCUUUGAGAGCACGAUGAUUAAGGGGGGCAAGAGGAAAGGAGAAAUUAGAGAUAUAGAGGGAAGACGGUUCAUUCGGAUAUUCUCGGAGAUAUUCGGAAAUGAUCGUGAACAAGAAGGCGGGGCCUAGGCGGGGUCGAUACGGGCAGUUUUCUUUGGUUCUGUGGAGUGUGUCGCGCUAAUAGAUAAUGUCAGUGUCCGUUAGUACGGACAACAGUGCAGUGGGAAGAAAGUAUUGAAAGAUUCAAGAAAGUGGCGCGAGUACUAGUAAUAAUAAUUACCAUGAGGAUGAUCGAAGUAAGAUAGUUUAUACCAAAAGGUAGAAGAGGAGUGUUCUUAUCACUGGACGUGAUGCUACGCCGUUGCGUGAAAUCAAAUCAGAUCCGUAAAGACGUAUCGCGAGGUAGCUCUAAACGGCGUUGUCGUAUUGCCGACGUACCGCGCGAAAGCCCUGUUGCCACAUUUCUCACAUAAGCUGUACGGGUGCCGAAUGAUGUCGAUCUAGAGUAUAUAUUGUAUCAGCAAAAAAUGGAGGCUAAUGAAAGGGACAAGCCAUUGGUAAAGGAUUUGAACGAGCAUAUCGUCUGCCCGCUCUGUCGAGGAUAUCUUAUAGAUGCCACCACACUCGUCGAAUGCCUUCAUUCAUUUUGCAGAGGCUGUAUUGUGAGGAGGUUAAGCAGUGGUGCUCGAGCUUGUCCAGUAUGCGGCGCAGCAACAUUGCCGCCUCUCUUACCGGAUUUGGGAUUACAGCGGUUAGUCUACCUACUGGUGCCAGGUCUUUUCCGGUCAGAAUUAGAACGUAGACGUCACUUUCGCCUGGUGAACCCUCAAUGUCCACCCCUAAUACCACCUUUGGGAGCUUUGGAGCUUACUAUGGACGAUAUGGUCAGUUUAAGCUUGCGAGAAAUCUAUAAAAUCAAAGAACACAACAAUUCGUCAGAACGUGAAGAAAUUCAGGAUGCAAAUUAUGACGAAGACAAGGAUGAGCAUGAGAAUGAUGGGACUAGAUACUUGAAGUGCCCAGCUGGUGUUACAGUAAGGCAUCUUGUGCGUCUUCUAAUGUUGAAAAGAGGAUGGAAAGAAGACGAGAAACUUUUACGAGUAAAAAGGAUUGAGAUGCUAUACAGAAAUUUGGUUACGGGAAAGCAGCAGCAUAUUGAAACCUUAAAAGUCUUGGAACUAUCCUGGACCUUGCUCGAUCUAGCGUGUAUUUUUAAAUGGAAACGGGAAACACCGAUGCGUUUAUUCUACCGUGUGAUCUGUAAAGAGGAUUCGGAAAACCCGGCCCUUAUGUCAGAUUGUUUGGAAAACAAUACAGACUGCAAUAUUGAAAUCCAGCGACCUCCAACACCACCACCAAGCCCUAAGCCUAACAAAGUCAGCAUAACCUUUGCUAUCACUUCUUCCUCUCCACCAUAUACAUCAGCCUCUUCGCCCCUCAACUCAUCUUCAUCCUCUGCUAUCUCUACGCCAGUCUUCUCUUGCACUGCAUCUUCAACAUCUUCCUCCUCGUCUUCUGAAGUCACUGAGGCCACUAUCCUGACCACAUCAUCCAGUCCAGUUACGACGAUCUGCAUCGCCGCCGUUUCCACUUCUGCCAUCACUGGCGUAAUCAACACUGUAACUAAUACAGCUGCUGCAGUUGCUUCUGCAAGUGGCGAUAUUUCAAAUGCUGUCACUGUCACUGGGACCACCAUAACUACUAGUGCGAUUUCCUCAAUCUGCCCUUGUCUUUCCACUUCCACAUCCGAUACUGACACCGCCACUGCUACCGCUACCGAUACUGAUACCGACACUACUACUACUAUAAUUAUCGGCAGUGGCCCUAACGGUAUUGUGGCAGUAGGGUCAAAAACCAGAACCCAACAAGAAUACAUUCAUAAUGCAGAAAGCUUAGCAUCGAGCAUUCGCGAGGAACCAUUCCCAAAAAAACCUAGAUGCGAAGUGACACCCGUUUUACGAACUCCUGGACCGAAUUCUUCAUCGAUUAAAGUAAAAUCCCGAGGAACAAAAGUAGACCGAUUAGAACAUCACAAACGACGAAAACGGCGUAAUAAGCGUGUUAUCGCUGAAAUUACAACGACGCCACGAGAGGAUUUACUUAAAUUAAAAGUCCGCCUAACACCCUGUCCACCUCGAAUUACCUCAGAAAAUUCGACAACUACGAAAGAAAAGCUUCUGCAGAUGCGGGCGGUACGUCGAGAAAAGACGAAAAGCAAAAAUUCCAUCGAAGAGAAUAUCGUCGAUAGUGGGGAACAGGAAGAAACCAUAGAACAAAUUAUUAAUAGUAUACCCGACGAAGUGGUGAGAGUUGCGCAAACGUUAGAUGAACAAUCACAGUCUGUUGAUAUUCAACGUCCAUGUGUUAAGAACGAGGACUUAAAUAGUCAGAGAAACGUCGAAACAAAAGAUGAGGAGGUUCUUCGACGACUAGGAUUAGUUGCGGUUGCAGAAAUGACAGGAACAUCUAAAACUUAUACUGAUUCUGGAUUUUCAAUAAAGUGUAAAGGCACCAAUCAAAGUCAAGACUACCAACGAGAGGCACUCGAGAGACAAUUAAGAGAAAGUAAGGCGAAUAGAGUUCGAAGCUUAUUGGCCGAGAAACAAAUGCGAGAUGCUCUAAAAAGCAUUAUGUCAAAAAGUAAAGAGAAAAGUACGAGAAAAGGUCCACCGCCGUUGGCUCCCUUGACACUAAAAGCUUUUGACGCAAAAACCGAACGGCCUCUCGAUCUAAGUAGUGGUGCUAACAGUAGUGCACUUGAUCUAUCUCCAGGUCCUGGGGUAAAUAUGCACGGAAAAAUGUUAAGAUUUUCUCCUGCAAAACCAGAAGAAGGCAAGACGUCAGAUUCGAAUCUAAGGACACUAUCGGACGCUGCAGUAUCACUCCUAGGUACUAGGACUUCCGGUAAGGUUGCACUGAGAAUUCCCCAACCACCGAGAACUUCCAACUUCGGUAUAAAAAUCAAACCAAAUUUAGGACUUAGACAAAUUCCAAAUCCUCAAGCUUUUGUUGCUUCUCAGUACAGGAAUCAAAGGACAUCAGCACUUUUCGGAAACUCGCAGUUACCGUCAUAAUAUAUUUUUUUUUUGUAUAAUUAACAAUUCUAUAAUUUCCCAAAGUACAAUUAAAUCGGAAUUAAUCGGAUGAACUCGGAUCAAUUAAAAUUUUCAAUUUCAUUUACAUUAAGAGUACUAUUGAAAACAAGCUUUAGGAAAAUAUGUUUCACUUUAGUGAUUCUGUUGGACUUUAACACUAGAUUGCCCAAAGAAGUUAUUUUGACUGCUUUUUAAUUUCAAUUAGAAAAAAAAUUAUGUAUAUAAUGACACAAUUUCUUAGAACUUUGUGACUUUUUCUACAACAUAUAAAUGCGUUUAUUAAUAAUUGUAGUUACCUC